AUGCUGUCAGAAGGGUAUCUCAGUGGACUGGCCUACUCAAGUGACACCCACUGGAGUUGUGCAUCUUAUAAUGAGCAGGCGAUUGGGGAGAAGGAAGAGAAGACAAAUUCUGUUGCUGCUCUUCCCUAUUCCUCUGUGGAUGAAACACAAAUCAGAAGUCUCUACAUGAGCUGCAAAUCCUCUGGCAAGUUUAUUUCUCCAGUGCAUUCAAGAGAGAGCCAACACAGCAGAAGUAAGAGAGUCACAGUGCUGCAGACAAACCCCAAUCCCGUGUUUGAAAGCCCAAAUUUGGCUGCAGUCGAAAUUUGUAGAGACCCCAGCAGAGAGACCUACUUGGUUCCGCCUUCCUGCAAAAGUAUUUGCAAGAAUUACAAUGACUUACAUAUUGCAGGGGACCAGGUGAUGGCCAUUAAUUCAGUGACAACAGAUUUUCCCUCUGAGACCAGUUUUGAAUAUGGCCCUUUGCUGAAGUCAUCUGAGAUUCCUUUACCGAUGGAGGAUUCCAUUUCCACUCAGCCCAGUGAGUUUCCCCAAAAACCUAUCCAGCAGUACUCAUCCAGCAUCAAAGAGAAAAUCAGCCUGCAAAUGCACAAGCCUAUUUCUAAUGCAGUGCUGAAUGAGUACCUGGAGCAGAAAGUGGUGGAGUUAUAUAAGCAGUACAUUAUGGACACCACAUUUCAUGACAGUUCUCCCACUCAGAUUCUGGCAUCUGAGCUCAUCAUGACAAGUGUGGACCAAAUUAGUCAUCAAGUGUGCAGAGAGAAGAACCUGGAGACAUCAAAAGCCAGGGAUAUAGUCCUUAGCCGUUUAUUACAGUUGGUGUCAACUGAAAUCAGCACCCCCAGUCUCCAUAUUUCUCAGUACAGCAGUGUUAAUCCAUAA